AUGCCUAGUUUUGGAGUUCACACGUUUAGAGGCAAAAAGGAGCAAGAGGCAUACAACAAGACUAUUGCCGGAAAGUACGCAAAACUUGUAAAAAAAAACCACUUUUUAUUCCUUGGCUUACCAUUCAUUCUUUCAAUCGUGGCUGGUUCGCUAUACUUGCAAAAAUUCACCAGUAUCAAGUGGGAGAAAUACGACGACAAGUACCAGCAGUUGGGAGAAGAAGAAAUGAUGGACUUGAUUGAAAACAAGAGGAAAUUCGACAAGAAGGACGACUACUAUAGACUACAAGGCUUUUUGACCGACCACUUGGAGAAAGAGGUUAGUGAUGAUUAUGAGAUUGUGAGAGUGCAACGAAAGAAAGAAGAUGAACCAGUCUGGUGA